AUGUAUUUACCGAGCAGAACGAGCCCUGCUUGGAUUUAUCUCGUGUUUCUGCUGCUGGAUUGCUACUGGGAAACGGUAUGUGGUCAGCUCUCUUACUCCGUCUCAGAGGAGGUAAAUCUGGGGACUGUUGUCGGAAAUAUCGCCAAAGAUUUGAACAUUAAUGUUCAGGAUUUAGAGUCCCGCAUGUUUCAGCUCGUUGCUGGAUCAAAGAGGAAAUAUCUGGAGGUAAAUCUAAAGAGUGGUGUCCUGUAUGUUAAUGAGAGAAUAGAUCGAGAGGAACUCUGCGGCGAUGAACCCAAAUGUACCCUCAGUGUAGAAGCUGUUAUUAAUAACCCGUUAAAAUUGUACCGGAUAGAAAUUAUCAUUUUAGAUGUAAAUGAUAAUUCCCCGUCUUUUCGAAGCACGUCACAAGUGAUUAACAUUACCGAAAGUACAGCAGCAGGGGCUAAAUUCCCCUUGCAACGAGCUCACGAUGCAGACGUCGGUAAAAAUACUGUAAAUACCUACAAGCUGAGCCCAAAUGAACACUUCUCUCUAGCCACGCACAAAGGAGGGAGUGUAUCUGUCGAAUUAUUGCUUCAGAAAGUUUUAGACAGAGAAACACAGCCUGUGAUUAAACUCACACUGACGGCCAUUGAUGGAGGAACUCCUGCUAAAUCAGGGAGUAUGGUAAUUAUAGUUAAUGUCUUGGACAUUAAUGAUAAUCCUCCUGUAUUCAGUCAAACUCUGUAUAAAGCCAGUGUGUAUGAGAAUGUAAAGAUAGGCACGCCAAUAAUAACAAUAAAUGCUACUGAUUUGGAUGUAGGUCACAACGGACAAAUAUCCUAUUCCUUUCUUGAAAUAGACCAGGGGAAACAAACUGAUCUCUUUGCUAUCGAUGAAAAAACUGGGACUGUAACAAAUAAAAAGAAUAUCGAUUUUGAAGAAAAUAAUGCUUUUGAGAUCAGAGUACAAGCUAGUGAUGGAGCUUCCUCACCGAUGACCUCACAUGCCAAAUUAUUGAUUGAAGUUUUAGACGUCAACGACAAUGCCCCUGAAAUGUCAGUGACAUCAUUGUUGAACACCGUGAGGGAGGAUGCGGCCAUUGGCACCGCUAUUGCACUGGUUUCAGUAUUUGAUAAAGACGGAGGUAAAAACGGGAUGGUGAACUGUGAAAUUUCCAAUGAUGUUCCUUUUAAAUUAGAGUCAAAUUAUAAGAAUUACUAUUCGUUGGUUGUGGACGGACCUCUUGACAGGGAGAGCAGAUCUCAAUACAGUAUCAGCAUCACUGCGUCUGAUGAGGGCAGCCCCCCUCUCUCUAGCACGAGCGUUAUCAAUGUACAUGUAUCAGAUGUAAAUGAUAACAUACCUCUAUUUACAGAAAACAUGAUCAAUGUCUAUGUGAAAGAAAACAGUCGAAUAGGAGCAGUUAUAAAAACAGUUUCAGCAAUUGAUGCUGACAUCGAUCAAAAUGGCCAGGUGACCUAUUCAUUUUUUAAAAGUAACAGUAACUCAUUGCCUCUCUCAACAAUGGUGAAUAUAAACUCAGAGACUGGAGACAUAGUCAGUCUGCAGACUUUUAACUACGAGGAGUUAAACACCUUUCAUUUCAAAGUUCAGGCCACAGACUCUGGUGUUCCUCCGCUCAGGAGCAACGUGACUGUGAACGUUUUAGUCCUGGAUGAGAACGACAACAGUCCCACGAUCCUCGCGCCCUAUUCUGAGCACGGCUCCGUUAACAGUGAGAGCAUCCCCUAUUCUGCUGAAGCGGGAUACUUUGUGGCAAAGAUCAGGGCUGUAGACGCAGACUCUGGAUACAAUGCGCUGCUUUCUUACCACCUGUCUGAGCCCAAAGGAAACAACCUCUUCCGGAUCGGAACCAGCACCGGAGAGAUCAGGACUAAGAGGAGAAUGAGUGACAACGACCUAAAAGCUCACCCCUUGGUGGUGUUGGUUUCUGAUAACGGAGAACCCUCCCUGUCAGCUACUGUGUCUAUUGACGUGGUGGUGGUUGAAAGCACAGCUGACAUCCAGACUCAGUUCAGACAUGUUCCCCUAAAGGAGGACAGCUUCUCGGACUUAAACCUGUAUCUGCUGAUCGGCAUCGUGUCGGUCUCGGUGAUCUUUCUGCUGAGCCUCAUCAGUUUAAUAGCUGUCAAAUGCCACAGGACCGACGGCAGCUUCAGCAGGUACAGCGCCCCAAUGAUCACCACCCACCCUGACGGGAGCUGGUCUUACUCCAAAUCUACUCAGCAGUAUGACGUGUGCUUCAGCUCAGACACGCUGAAGAGUGACGUAGUGGUUUUCCCCGCACAGUUUCCUCCUGUAGAUGGAGAACUGAUCAGUAUUAAUGGAGGAGAUACUUUUACCAGAACACAGACUUUACCCAACCAAGACAAGGUAAGAAUAUUUUUUUCUUUAGUUUAG